CCGUGAGAAUCUUUGCCUGCAGACCGGAAGUGGAGCAGAGUAGGUGAAAUCCGGGUGACUUGACAUCUUGAAGUGGGUGAAAGGUGGAGAAAAAGACAGGUUGUCAUUCUUCAGCUUGAUACUGUGAACGCUUCUUUACCUUUUCCCUUCCACACCUGAGCCACCAUGCUGCAGAACACAGGGAAGUUAGCCGGCUGCACGCUCUUUAUCACCGGAGCGAGCCGAGGGAUCGGUAAAGCCAUAGCUCUGAAGGCCGCCAGAGACGGAGCCAACAUCAUCAUUGCCGCCAAGACCGCUGAGCCCCAUCCCAAACUGCCAGGAACCAUCUACACCGCCGCCCAGGAGGUGGAGGCAGCCGGUGGGAAAGCGUUGGCCUGCGUUGUUGAUAUCCGUGACGAGCAGCAGAUUGGAGAAGCUGUUCAGAAAGCUGUGGACAAGUUUGGAGGAAUCGACAUCCUGAUUAACAAUGCCAGUGCCAUCAGUCUGACGGGAACUUUGGAGACGCCAAUGAAGAAGGUCGACCUGAUGCUGGGAAUCAACCUGAGGGGGACCUACCUGACGUCCAAACUCGUUCUCCCUCACCUGCUGAAGAGUCGCAGUCCUCACAUCCUGAACUUGUCGCCUCCACUCAACCUCAACCCCGUCUGGUUCAAAAACCACACAGCAUACACAAUGGCGAAGUACGGCAUGUCCAUGUGCGUGCUGGGGAUGGCUGAAGAGUUCAGAGGACAAAUCGCAGUCAACGCCCUCUGGCCCCGAACCGCGAUCCAGACAGCAGCCAUGGACAUGUUGGGCGGAGAUGGCGUGGGUAAGCAGUGUCGUACAGCUGACAUCAUGGCCGAUGCCGCCUAUGCCAUCCUGUCCAAGCCGAAAGACUACACGGGUCACUUCGUGGUUGAUGAAGACAUCCUGAAGGAGGAGGGAAUCAAAGACUUUGACCAGUACGCCGUCCAGCCAGGUCACCCCUUAUUGCCAGACUUUUUCCUGGAUGAAGCUCCUGAGUCUCUGGUGGAGCAGAUGGAGCAACACGGAGCGACUCCUGCCUUCAAACCACCAACAUCAGCCACGUCCUCCAGUGGACCAAUAGAAAGCACCUUCAACGUCAUCAGAGGAGUCCUCAACGAGGACGUCGUCAAGUCGACGCAGGGCAUUUAUCAGUUCGACCUAUCAGGAGAGAACCCUGGCGUUUGGUUUCUGGACUUGAAGAGCGGCUCCGGCAGCGCGGGGCAGGGCCAGCCGCCCAUCAAGGCUGAUGUUGUCAUGACGAUGGACUCAAAUGACUUCAGCAAGAUGUUUGCAGGGAAGCUGAAGCCGACGAUGGCAUUCAUGUCGGGGAAGCUUCGGAUCAAAGGUGACAUGACGCUCGCCAUGAAACUGGAGAAACUGAUGGGCAGGAUGAACAAGGCCAAACUGUGAACCUAAAGCCCCGCCGUUAGCCUCCUCAGGCUCCGCCCACUCGCUGUACAUGUUGCCUUAUUAAAUGAAACGAUCGUAACAUUU